AAUUGGGAAUUAGAUUUGAUGUUCUUUUGACCAAGCAUGUUAUGACGACAGUCAAAGAGAAAAAAUGCAUGGAUCACGUGCUAAUACACAAAAACACUUUACCAUUUUAGUACACCUUCCUUCAACCUAAAGUUCCUUAAAAGUACAAUGUUAAUUAUAGAAAUUUGCCCUUAAAACUACUUUAGUUGGUAAGUUGUUGACUCGUCUGCAAGAUUGUGAGUUUAACUUCCUAUGUUAAUUUGAUGUAUGAUUUGUAAGCACUCUCUUAGCGUGAGUUUGAAUUUGAGUAACAAUUCUUUGUCGGACUUUUUGUCAAAUUCCAAAUUAUUAGGAUCAUUAUCUCCUAGAACGGGAAGAUUAAGAUAAAUAUUAAAAGAAAUAUAUCAUCAUACACUUUAAAUUAAACAUCUGAAAAUGAUCAAAAUAUCUUCUACGUACAGUAGUUAAUUGUUUUUCGCUAUUUAAUUUUUCUUUUGAAACGAAUUGCAGCCGUUGAAGAUAUUUUGGUAUUUUUAGGUGGGUGAUAGUAAGUCUUUUAGUGUAAACAGCAAUCUUCAAGCUCUUUUUUUCUUCUUCUCAUGUUUAUGUUAGGCUGAAGCCCAAUAUGAGUCAUUUUGUUUUGAAAAAUUCAAACAUUGUGUGUUAUUGUAAAAGAAUGUAAAAUGCUAAUAAUCAUGAAUUAACUGAACUAUUGCAAAAAAAAAUAAAAAAAAAUUGAAAGAAGUACUAUUGCAAUUGUGAUGUCUUAUGCUGUGCCAUCUAGCCUACCGGAGUGUAUCUUCUUUGGUAUGGUGUACAAAAAUGAAAAUAAAUCAAAAUACAUAUGAUAACCAGUUUUUCCGAUUUUAUAUAGUUUUCGACAUUGACCCCAAUGUUGUGUUAAAUGUUAUUAUAGACACACCACAAUAUUUUCCACAAUUACACAUUUGACCCCAGAAAUAAUUAAUGUUUUUGUAUUGAUUUUUAUUAAAAAGGUAUACAUAAUAAAUGACACAAAAUAUGGUUAUAUUACAAAUUAAUUUGGAUCUGAAGAUUUCAUUAAUCAAACACCACUCACACACAUUUACCAAGUUCAUCUUGUUUCGGAUUCAAAGAUCUACCAAGUUCAUCAAACACCACUCACAUUCUUGUUUUUCUUCUCUAGCCUCAAAUAUUAGUUAUCUCUAACCUGAAAUCUUAUAAUCUUAGUUUAUUUCCAUCCAUCGUAGCCCUAGAUCUGACAUCAAGAGAACGGCGGAAUGAAAAAUUACGAAAAUGAAGUUAUCGCUGAAGAAGAAGAAUGGUGUUCUGAAAAUUUUGUAAAUGAUCAGGGUAAUGAAGUUGAUUUAGAUUAUGGGGCCGAGGCUGAAGGCAGUUGCAAUAAUGGACAUUCUGAUAGUGAUAGUGAUGAAGAUGAACAUGAAAACGGUUGUGGUGGCUGCACAUUUGGUCAAAAAACAACAGUUGAUGGUCCGGAAUAUAUUGCAAAAGUUAAUUUUACGCAAGUAAGUGUUGAAGAUUUAAUGUUGUUCCACUUUCCGGAUGUUUCUGUGGCUUUCAUGUUUUAUAACUGGUAUCCUAGCACCAAAGGAUUUGCUGGUAGGAGGGAUAGGGUAGUGAAAAAUUGUAGGGGAGAAGUUACACAACAGACUUUUGUGUGCCAUAGACAAGGUCACAUAAUGGAAAAUGAUAGGAAUUAUAUUCGUAAAACGAAAGCCAAGCCUAAAUCUAGGUGUGGUUGUGAUGCAAGAUGUCAGGUUCAUGUGGAUUCUAACUGUGGAAGGUGGUACAUUAAGUUUAUAUGUGAUGUGCACAACCAUUCAUUUGUAGACAAAGUUUUUAGUGGUAUAUGCUUCCAACACAUAGGAAAAUGAAUGAGUAUGACAAGUAUCAAAUGAGCAUUAUGAGAAAUGUGGGGGUGAAGACAAGACAUAUAUUUGGUUUGUUUUCUCAUCAGGCAGGAGGUUACAACAAAGUAGGGUAUCGUAGAGUGGACAUGUAUAAUGAGCAACAAAGGCAAAGAAAGAGCAUUGUAUGUGAUGCAAAAAAGACACUGGAUUUUCUAACAGAGUGUUCAUUGAAAGAUGAUGGUUUUUAUUGUAGUCACACUAUAGACAAAGACGGUGGUCUAGAGCAGUUGUUUUGGUGUGAUGGUACUGCUCGGAAGGAUUAGUCUGUUUUUGGGGAUGUGCUGGCUUUUGAUGCUACUUAUAAAAAAAAUAUUAGUGUCCCGUUGUGGUAUUCUCUAGGGUUAACCACCAUAAUCAGAGUAUUGUGUUUGCUGCUGCUAUUGUUGUAAAGGAGACUAAUGAAACAUAUUCAUGGUUGCUGGAACGGUUUCUUGAGGCUAUGGGUGGUAAGACUCCAAUUUCGGUGAUUACGGAUGGUGAUAAUGACAUGCACAAUGCUAUUAAAAAAGUAUUUCCAAAAGCUCGUCAUCGUCUUUGUUCCUGGCAUUUGAUACGCAGUGCUACUACUAAUGUGAAAAACCUGCAAUUUGUAACAAAGUUUAAGAAAUGCAUGCUAGGAGACUUUGAUGUCAAUGAGUUUGAGCUUAGAUGAGAUAAGAUGGUUACCGAGUUUGGACUUGAAAACAACAUAUGGGUUUCUGAAUUGUAUUCAAAGCGGAAAAUGUGGGCAACAACCCAGAUUAGGGGUAAUUUCUUUGCUGGAUUUAGGACAACGUCUCGAUGUGAGGGACUACACUCAGAAUUCGUUAAGUAUGUAAAUUUAAAGGAUAAUUUGUUAGAUUUUAUGCAACAAUUUAUGCGUUGGAUAAAUUACAUGCGGUUUAGAGAAGUUGAGGCAGAUUUUACGUCCUCGUUUGGGGAUCAUGUGUUGCAAUCACAUUGGCUAAGUUGGAAGAGUCUGCUGCAAAAGUGUACACGCGUGAGAUAUUAAAUAUGCUUAUCCCAAUAUUUAAUAGGUUGUGUAUAUGCAGGGUGAGAGCCAGAAAACAAAGUGGUUCGUUGGUUAAACUCUUAUUUACAAUUUUGCUGUAAGUAUUUUUUUUCUUUAUAUAUUGUUAUCCGUUUCUCAA